GAUGAUUUCUUGGGCAGGACCAAAUUGGAUUUGGGCAUUGUGAAGAAAUCCAUAGUUGUCGAUGAUUGGUUCACUCUGAAGGACACAGAUUCUGGACGGGUUCACUUCAGGCUAGAGUGGUUGAGUUUGCUGCCAAGCACUGAUCAACUAGAGCAGGUCCUGAAGAGGAACGAGAGCAUCACCAACAAGAAUGCUGAUCUCCCUUCUUCAGCCAUCUUGGUUAUCUAUUUGGAUAAGGCUGAGGCGCUUCCUAUGAAGAAGGGAAAUAAAGAGCCCAAUCCCAUGGUGCAGUUAUCUGUGAAGGACGUCACUAGAGAGAGCAAGACUUGUUACACAACCAUUAAUCCAGAGUUUGAAGAAGCUUUCACCUUCUUCAUCCACGAUCCUCGCAACCAGGACAUAGACAUUCAGGUGAAGGAUGCUGACCGUGUGCAGACACUGGGAAACCUGGCCAUCCCGUUGUCCCGUCUCUUAUCAAAUUCCAAUCUUUCUCUGGACCAGUGGUUCCAGUUGGAAAACUCUGGAUCAGCCAGUCGCAUCUACAUCAAUGCGAUUCUCAGGGUCUUGUGGUUAGAUGAAGAGCGCAUUCCAUCUGAUGUGUCCUCCAGCUUAUCCCAACAGCUCUCACAGCAGACCUCUCCCCAUCCUAGCUUCGCUACAGAGGGACUGCUGAGAAUUCACCUGUUGGCAGGUCAGAAUCUUGUUCCGAAAGAUAACCUGAUGGGAGGCAUGGUGAAAGGCAAGA